UCCGGCGCCGUCAGGAAACAGAUCGAGAAUUUUGUCCCUCUCGUUCCUUAUCGCGCAAGAAACAUUUUCUUGGACGCGGUCUUGGACGGUGGACACGCUGGACGCGGAGCAGGAUCCACGCAGGACGCACAAACAGGACACCGUGUUCUUCAUCUGCGGCUUUAACACGAUGGAGCCAGCCUUCGGCGAGGUGAACCAGCUCGGUGGUGUUUUUGUGAACGGCAGGCCGCUCCCGAACGCCAUCAGGCUCCGGAUAGUGGAGCUGGCCCAGCUCGGGAUUCGACCCUGUGACAUUAGCCGGCAGCUGCGCGUCUCCCACGGCUGCGUCAGCAAGAUCCUGGCCCGCUACAACGAGACGGGCUCCAUCCUGCCGGGGGCCAUCGGAGGCAGCAAGCCGCGGGUCACGACGCCCACCGUGGUCAAGCACAUACGGACGUACAAGCAGAGGGACCCGGGGAUUUUUGCCUGGGAGAUCCGGGACAGGCUACUAGCGGACGGGGUUUGCGAUAAGUUCAACCUCCCCUCAGUCAGCUCCAUCAGCCGGAUCCUCCGCAACAAGAUCGGGAAUCUGUCCCAGCAGAGCCAAUACGAGUCGGGCAAGCAGGCGCCCCAUGCACCGCCACAACCAACGAUACCCUACAACCACCUCUACUCAUACCCGACAUCCAAAGUGCCCACCCCCCCCGGCAUGCCCACCCUCCCCGGACACAUGGCCAUGCACAGGAUAUGGCCUUCGUCGCACUCUGUGACAGAUAUUCUGGGGAUACGGUCUAUUACAGAGCAACAAAUUAGUGACAGUCCAUCCUUUCCCAGCGCCAAACUAGAAGAAUGGAGCGCUAUAAACAGGACAAAUUUCCCACCAGCAAGCUGUCCACUAGUCAAUGGCGUGGGUAAACCGCAUUUAGAAGCAAAAUACACACAGACGCCGAAUGGUUUGCCCACAGUGAACAGCUAUGUCACAGCGCCCAGCAUCCCUCCCUACCCCCCUCCCACCCCAGUGUCACCCUACAUGGGGUACAGCGCCACCACGUCGGCCUAUGUGACCGGACCCACGUGGCAGCCGGCCAGUGGCAGUGCUCCAUCUCCCCGCAGCUGUGACAUCGCAGCCCCGCUGGCCUUCAAGAGCACGGCAGCCGGCCGCGACGCCGUCCACGCGCCCGCCGCCUCGGUGCCGUGACGUCACCUCCGCAGACUGAUGAGAGGGGGAGCAGGGAAAAAGAGGAGAGAGGGGGAGGGGGGCGAAACGGCGGAGAUGGGAGGGCAGCAAGUCUGACCCAGUCUUGUUCCCAUGAAGGACUCGGCCCCAGGACCCGCGUUUGUGCCGCUCCACCCUCCUCCAAAGACCCACACGGAAUAAACGCGUCUGAAAGAACUUGCAGGACAGGUGUACUGAAGGACUGAUUCAACAUGAUCCCUCUCAGAUACUUUACUGCACACUUCUGCAAAUGUCUUUGGGCGUAACUGGGUAAUGUAUAACUUUAUGAAUAAGCAAUCAAAAGAAGAGGGGAAAAACUUUGCAUUAGUGUUUCAGGGUGCUUAUUAUUGCUUGUUUUUAUUUUGUUUGUAUGCCCUUUGUCGUUAUGUUUUGAUAAAAGUAACUGUCGUAUGGUGCAUUGUUUUCCCACUUCUCUAAAAACGCGUAGCCUGUGCAAGAGCUCCAGAGAGAAGAUUAUUUAUUAGACUAAAGGUACGUUGAAUGAAGUGCAAUUAGCCUCGCGGACAGAAUGGGAAUCUCCACGCACAUUUUGACUAAAUUGGCCUUGGUCUCACGUUGGAGUCUAGAGAAUUAACAAUUGACAGAUGUUGCACAAUGAAAUUGAAUGUAUCUUAUUAAAUUGUUUGGCUGUU